AUGCAGGCGGGAGCUCUGUCAUCAGAGAAGGAAGAAAUGUUGCCUAACUAUGAGAUGUUAGAGGAUAUUGGCUUUGGAUGGUACCAGAUCAGGCAUAUCCUGAUAGUUGGUUUGAUAAUAUCUUGUGAUGCUGCGCAGGUAUUUAUCCUAUCAAUAAUACACCCCUCCUUGGUGUGCAGAUGGCAGUUAUAUCCGAUGGAGGUGGCUAUGAUGAGUGUGGUCUUCAUGCUGUUCUACAUGAUCGGCUCCUCUUCAGGUGGUUUUCUGUCUGAUAUAAUUGGAAGAAGGAAAACCCUUAUCUUUAGUGGUAUAUUUUUGGUGGUAUUUGAACUGAUAGUCCCUGCCGCUAAUGGAUACGUUGCAUUUCUCUUGACUUAUGGAAUCACUGGAAUGUUCAUCGGUUGCAGGUACUCGAUUGGGGUGACCUAUCUUGCAGAGAUAUCGCCCAUCAAGAAACGGACUGCAUCAGUGUUCUCUGUUAAGCUGUUCUGGGCUUUGGGUGGAAUGUUCGAGACUAUAGUUAGCAUGAUUGUGUUAGAGCAACAUGGGUAUAAGUACAUGAGUUUCAUCACGACAGUAGUAACAAUAGCUUCUCUGAUUCUGACAGUCCUGCUGGAUGAGUCUCCGAGAUGGUUAUUAGCCAAUGGACACUUCUCUCGCGCUUUACAGAUCAUACAAAAAGCCGCUGUUCAAAACAAAAGUAAAAAGAAGUUGCCUUCGACAGUAACAACUAUGGAGGAUCAGAUGACGGUUACACCUGUUUCCAUCUCUAAGGAGAGACCAGGAGUAAUGAGUGUUCUCUUCCAUCCGGACUACAGAAGAAUGACUCUAGCUAUGGCGUUCAUCAUGUUUGCUUGUACAGCACUUUACUUCAGUCUCCUAUAUCUCAACACCAACCUCCAUAUUAUCAACUACUGUGGUGUUGGGGGUAAUAAUUCACACUCACUGCACAUGGCUAAACUGUGUGAAGUUUUGGACACUCGUGAUUAUUUGGACCUUCUUGUCACAUGUAUUGUUGAGAUACCGGUUCUGGUGCUGGCUAUCGUAUUUUGCGAUUAUCGUGGUAGACUUGUAGCUUUCAAAGUGUUUGGAGGAUUUGGCAGUGUCUCCCUGUUACUUCUUAUGUUCUGUAUCUCUCCCGUCAACACCGAGAUCCAGCUGUUUGUGUCACGUGGUAUCGUAGACGGGUUGCUGUUGGCUGUCUGGGUUUACGUCCCGGAGAUAUAUCCCACUAGAGUCAGGAAUGUAGCUGUGGGGUUGAUUAACACAGCCGGCAAGUUGGGCGCUGUUUUUGGGAUCUUGUCCGUUCAGAUGUUCUCUACGACACAUCCGCAUCUGAUCAUUACAAUCGGUUUCGUGAUAUCCCUGCUGGCUUUUGCUACGAUGUUUACCCUUCGAAAAGAGACAAAGGAUCAGCCACUUAACGAAACAGCCCAUUAG